AUGGCGUACGGACUGGACGAUAUUGACCUAGCAUCGUUAAAGGUGAGUAAAAUUUCACUUUUUGGCGUGUUGUAUUCCUUCAUAUUUUAGUUUCUUCGUGUGAAAAGUUAGAUUAAAAGGUUUCCAAUUCUGCGAUAAUUAUUCCUUGAGCUGUUGAGCUUGUAAAAUUGUCGGGUUCUUUGUAGGAGGCUUAUUUCUUGUCAGAGAAGAUUUAUGUAUGCAACGAUUCGUGAACAUAUUGAGCGAAGCAGCUUAUCUAAAGACAAGUGAACCUGAAAAUUUUACGGUGGUUGUCUUUCUGAUGUCGCUUUGUCGUUACCCUAAUUUAACGUCUGGCUAGUAAACACAAAUUCCUGGGGUUCUUCCUACCUAGUGAGAUUAAUCUUUUUGAUGAUUGUGUUGUGUGAUCUAUUAAAAAAUAAACUUGCUAAGAAAAUUGCGUUUUUUCGGAAGGAUCCUGCCGGAAUUUUCGACUUGGUGGAAGUAGUUGGAAAUGGCACAUACGGACAAGUUCAUAAGGUACUUUGUAUGCAACACUUAGUUGAAAGAAAUUGUUUUAACUAAAGAUAGCAUAAACGCUCUAGUGAUUUGUUAUUCUACUCGCGUCUUUUAUUUAUAUGUCGAUGUACCGUAAGGACUCGGCAAAUUGCUCGCGUGAAAGCCUAAGAACUAUUCAAACUCGAUUCUUAAAAUCAAUAAAUUUCACAACAUUCCAUCAGAUUGUACAUGUUGCACUCGGUUGGUACUAAUUGUAACAAUCACAUAAGCGUUAAAACUUUGUCUUUCCUUGCGCUUCUAUGUUUGUUUAUUUUACAGUUUUAUUUCUGCAUUUAUGAAGCUUUCAUAUUUCAACAAAUUUCAAUGAGUGCUAAGUAAAUUAUGACAGGAUUAUAUUUGAAAAGCGAUCGUAAUUUGGCUGGAGUUACUUGGAUUGUAUGUGGGUGUUUUGUUACUUAUUUUGGCUCUUUGGUCAUCUCUGACAGGGUAUAAUUUAUUUAUUUAUGGAUAUUCUGUGGGAUCUUUCUUUUUACAGUGUAUUUGGUGAUAAAAUUGAUAGAGCGUUUGAGCAGAUUUUACAAUGAUUUUAGGGUUUAGAGUAGAUUAGUUUCAAUACCGACCACUUGUUGACAGUGUUAUUUCAAAUCUCUACUUCCCUAGAACAUACUUCUCACUUGGGAACCAUCAAAAUAAACAUUAUCAAGAAUACGUACCAUUUUUUAUGUAACAUUAACUGUCCUUCAUUCAAGCAUUUCUUCACACAAGUUUACAUUGCAGUUAACUCACUAUAAUGAUAAUUUUUAUGGUGAAAAAUAAUAGUGUGAUUAUGGAAUUCAGGGUCGUUUUAUAAGUAUGUUUACCUUAUGUAUAUGUGUGGGAAUGUAGUAAGGUUCAAGGAACUAUGAUGGGUUCUGAUAGUGUUCAAUGAGACAUAAACAAGUGGUCCUUUGACGAGUUUUGUCUGAUAAUUCGACCACCAAUACCGUAUUUCCUCUAAUAAUAGCCGGGGGCAAUUAUUUCUUUUUUCGCAUCAAAAGGGGGCAAUUAUUCAAGGGAGGCAAUUAUUUCAAAAUAAUAUUGCUCACUGCCAGUCAUGACCUAAAUAUUUUGUUUCAUUAUCCAAAAAUCCAAAUCCAAAAAUUAUCACAACAAAUAAACUGAACAUGGGCUUUUUAAUUGUUCCAAAUUUAGUUGCUUGAUUAAUAGUCAGUGAUCAGUUUUGCUGGACUAAUUGACAGGGACAGGAUAAACAAGGUUGCCACAGUUUUCAAGGUCAGGGAAAAGUCAGGGAAUUGUUCAAAACAUCAGGGAAAAUCUUUGAUAUUGUCAAAGUCAUUGAAAAGUCAGGGAAUUCUGUAUUCCGGUUUAUACUUCAUAAGUUUUCUUCAAGAUUUUGAAAUCAUUUUCUUUUGGAAAAGAUGAAACGAAUGCUGCAAAGCAAGCAAAGCGAUCAAUUUGACACUCUACACCUGAGACAUGUCGUAGUUGUGGUCAGUAGUUUUUGUUGUGGAUGCUUUCUUCCAAAUUCGUUCUUCCUCUUUCUGCAAAAAGUGGAAAGAGGUUGAAAAUGAAGAGAAAACUAUGGAUGGCCUGCAAAAAAGGCUAAAGUGAAUGUAAACAUGGAUUGUUUCUCAUUAAUAAAAGGUCAGUGAAAACUGUUUAAAGGUCAGUGAAAAGUCAGGGAAUUUUUAGCUUUCUGAUAAGUGGCAGCCCUGAUAAAAGAAAGAAGAUGGCGAGAGGGGGAGGAGGCGAUUAUUUUUAAGUAUUUCCAUCAAAGGGGGAAUGAAUGAUUGAUCAAAAACACUGCAUGUGUCUUUUUAGAUUUAAUAUUGUUGCAAUCAGGGAUUGUCACUCCUAAAUUAACAACAAUUUCACACUUGGUGCAUACUAUAUCUAUCAGCAAGAACUUCCUUUUACUCUCAGUAAUCAAAAUUGAAACAAAAAAUUCCAAAUUUCUUUUAAAAAAAUACUACCUCAAAAAGAAAUGGUACGGUGCUUAUGUACUACCAAAGAGGCUUCAUUUAAAUUCAAACAAUGUGGCAAUGUACACACAACUUUCCGUUCCUCACCCCUCUGUGCAAUGUUGUGCCACUAUUAGAGCUUACUGUGAGAAACAGCAAACACCCCAACUUUCAUUUGAGCAGAGGGGGGAGGGUUACAGUUUGUUUUGUGCUCCAAAAUACCAUAUUUAAUGACAUUGUCCAUACAGUUUUGCCACCAAUUUUUUGGUGGAGAAUUGUCAACCCCCUCUUCACCCCACUUCCCCCCUUCUUCUCAAAUGGGAUACUAGUCCAUCACAGGGUUCCUCGGGCCAGUACAUGUAUGUCACAAUAUGAUAUACACUUCCAGCAUGUGCCUUGUCUGCGUGAAGACAUUUUUUUUGCCUUUUUUGUGUGUUUAAAUAAUUUAGUUCAAAAGGCACUUUAAAAAUAUUAUCUUGCUCAAUUUUGACUUGUGUGGGUGUGUGUGUGGGUGCAUGCGCGUUUGUGUUUUAAUGAAUAACAAAGCUAUAUUAGAAUAAAGUCAAUCUUGUUAAAGGCUCAUAAUUAGUUUUACUAUAACGUGCCCUUCUCCAUUCUAAUUUCCUUUUUUUUAAAAUUAUGUACACGUAGUCUAAGCAACCUUGUACUAAUUGAUAUUGUACAACUAAUUAUUAUCUAUAGGAUGGAGUAAAAAUAAAAUACGAAAUACAAAUACACUUCACUAACAGCUUACUGCAACUGUAUAAUUUUCAUGGAGUAUAAGUUUCAUGUCUCAUUAUUAUUGUUAUCAUCAUCAUCAUGAUUUGACCCUGUCAGUCUCAACUCUUUGAGCUGUGGUCUUAUCCCAUGCAUUCCUGUUCAGCAUUGUGCUCACAAGAUCCUUCCUUUAAAAUCCUGGAAAUCCCUCAAGAUCAUAUCUGGGAAUGUAAUUUUCCUUGAAUGAUCUUGUUAGUAAUGAGCGGAAAAUUAAAGACGGCAUUUCGUCAGCUCUUUGGGAGGCUGGUGGUAGUUUGUCAUAAAUCUGCUCAUGUGUUGCGUGCUGUGACCAGGGGAUGGAUCCUUGUCUAAGGAGACAACACAACAGCUAGCUUGAACCCAAACCCACAGGCGCAUAGUCUGAAGUGUUAGCAGCUUGCCCAUACUACUGGUACUUAGUCCAGAAUACAACUGGCAAAUGGGCCAAUUCUGAGCUUCCCCAGGCCUCUGUAUCAAAGCAUGAUUAAGUGCUCAGCCUUUGAUAUGGAAAUGAUGUUUCAUUCUUAUGCAAACAAAACUCAUUUUCACAAGAAAGUUUGUGCACUUAGCCUCAUUUUGAAAGUGAGGGUUUUUAGAAGUCAGAAAAAAAAAAAUAACAUGCCACAUUCAUUUGUUCUUUGAACCAACCAGGAUGAGAAUUCCAUUUUAGCAAAAGCUCAAUUAAAUUUGAUUGUUUCACGAUAAGUACCAUUGUUGCAACAAAGUAACUUCUAUUAAUUUUGUGUUGAACACAGGGCCGUCACAAGAGGACAGGACAACUGGCUGCUAUCAAAAUCAUGGAUGUCACUGAGGUUAGUUUCUUUCCUGUACGAAUGUCUGCAUGUAAUAUCACUUAUUACUACUAUUUUCAGGAGUUUCUCAGGCCUUAAAAAUGGGAUUGUAUUUUGGCCCGCCUCCUGAAAGCAUGGCUGAGCUUCUGAAAUUUCAAGAGCCUCAGGACAUCAGAGUUUGGCUCAUCGCAAUAAUUAUUUUAAGAAUUUACUUCAUCAAUUAAGUUGAAAUACCAGGUACUCCAAUCCAUAUUUCAUUGCAGAUACUUUUCCUGUCACAGCCUUGAAAAUCUUCAUAGUCUCUAUGAUUCUGAGUAAAUUUUUAAAAUUAAUUUUUGAACAAUAAUUUCAUAUUAAUAAUGCAAUUUUAUAUUCUGUAAGACUGAUUUACAGCCUUUAUUUUUAUUAGGAUGAGGAAGAAGAAAUUAAACUAGAAAUAAAUGUACUUAGAAAGGUAAGCAUGUAAUGGAAAGGUUUGCACUUACUUUGUUCAGGUUGAGAGGUUGUUUAGGUAUUUCUCUUAUUAACAUCAGGCUCCAGUUGUUCAGGGCUGUUAUUAAGAGCCGAGGGCUGGGGAUUUCCCUCAGCCACUAUAAACAUGGUCCCUGGCUACUUUCAUUGGAAAAGAGAAGAAAGAUAGAACCAAAAGAAAUCCCUAGCUGUUUGAUUCCCUGCCUGCUUGUUGUAUUUACCUGGCAACUUGAAAUCUUAGUGACCAACCCAAAGGAUAGAUUGGAUAAAUUAUUAUCCAACAGAUAAGUAUUAACAGGUGUAUUUUAUAAUGUGCUAAAAUACACUCGUUUAAUAUUUUUGUUUCCAGUUUUCACAUCAUCGGAAUAUAGCAACCUACUAUGGAGCGUUUGUUAAGAAGGGACUACAAGGGCAAGAAGAUCAACUGUGGGUAUGUUUGGGGAUCCAUUCAUCUUCCUUACUAUAGUACAAAAUAAAUUAUCUCCAUUAAUGUCUCAAUUUGUUUCUGUGACAGCUUGUGAUGGAGUUUUGUGGUGCAGGAUCCAUAACAGACCUAGUAAAAGGUGUGGAAAAAUUAUAUUUUGAUUGGAUAAUAAUAGUGAUAGUGACCAUCAAAAUCCCCUGAUUAUAGACUGUAGAGUUUCCUAGUCAGGCUUUCACUGGGUUCAUAAUGCAAUUAUUCUUGCAUAAACUGCUGAAAGAAGAUUUUUUGACUUGCAUACAUUGUUAGCGCUACAUGCAGCAGCUCAUCACAACCAGUAGGCUCAAUAGCUUCUGUAGUUCUCUGUACAGCUCAAUCUUCUCCUGAAAGCAAUCUACUCUUUUUGAAUGUUUUUAGAGGGCUACAUGCAUCUGUUGCUUUAUAGAUUUUUACUUUUUGUUGACCACUGUUCUUCAAAUUAUUUCUUUCCCUUUUUUUGCUUCAUAGCAUCAAAGGGCAAAGCAUUAAAGGAGGAGUGGAUUUCAUACAUCUGCCAUGAAGUACUCAAUGUGAGUGUUCCUGUAUGUUGUACCGUAAAAUUCUGAAAAUAAGCCCCGGGGCUUAUAUUUUUCAAAGGCCCUUUUUGAGGGGCUUAUUUUUGGAGGGGCUUAUAUUGGGAGGGGCUUAUCUACGGAGGGAAAUUUGGGUUUCAAAACUGAUUGGGCUAGCCUUAUAGUUGGAAGUAAAUUUCCUGUUUUUGCUUUGUUUUACUUUGUAUUUGAGGGCAAUUUUCCAAGUACAAGCUCCUGGGGGGUGUAUAUUUAAAGGGGUGAUUUAAUGGAGGGUUUUUUGCGUUACCAGUUUGGGGGGCCUAGAUUAUUUUGGAGGGGCUUAUUUUCGGAAUUUUACGGUAUGUUACAUCUUAGUAGUUUUCUGGAGACUUACUAUACUCAGUUCUUGUUUUUAUUUUUCAUCCUGGGCAGGGUGUGAGUCAUCUUCAUCAAAAUCACGUCAUACAUAGAGAUAUCAAGGGACAGAAUGUGUUGUUGACUGAUGGGGCAGAAGUUAAGCUUGGUAAGUACCUCAGAAACUGUGUCAUAAAACUCUAGUCCCUGCACAUAGACACCUAAACAUGCUUGCUAGUAUGGUGCAGAACUAACUGACUGGGUAAUCUUUUAGGGUGACAUAUCUCAAUUCUGACAUAUCUCUUUUCUUGUAGUUGAUUUUGGAGUUAGCGCUCAACUUGACAGGACUAUUGGAAGGAGAAAUACUUUCAUUGGUACUCCAUACUGGUAAGGAUAAUCAUUUUGCAUUAUCUUGAUGUAUAAUAUAAUAAAUUGGAACAAGAAACAAACAAGUGGACAGCAAGGUUAAAACAGGAAUUUUCUGUGGUUCCUUCUUGGGGUCACCAGGAGUCGGAUAUUGAGGUCAUCCAUUUGAAACUGCCUUGCACAUAAUAAAAGAACGUAUAGUAGAUUAAAAAGCACAUGCAAUCAUUCAGUUGUCUGCUAAGGAGAGAAAGAAAAACUGCAGCUAACAUUUGUUUUGUGGCUGGAACCAAGAUGGAGCUCUGUUGACUGAAGUCUUUUAGGUGAAUUUUCAAAAGUUAAAUCUUUUCUUUGUUGUUUUGUUGUAUUUUAGGAUGGCUCCAGAAGUUAUUGCUUGUGAUGAACAACCUGAUGCUACUUAUGACAACAGGGUAUGCUAAUCUCAUUUAUGUUGCCAUUGAGUGUUCAUUGUUCUUUUGUUAAGUGGAAGAGAGUUGUAGUAUUGUCUUCGUUUCUUGGCUGAUCUAGGACGGACUGGUUUUUGGUAGUUAUUAUUUUGAAUUGUAAUAAUCUUUUCUUCUUUUUAGUGUGACAUGUGGUCAAUUGGAAUCACUUCUAUUGAGAUGGCUGAAACACAACCCCGUGAGUGUCACUUAGAAAUGAAGGGGUUUAUAUGGCAGUAUGGGCCAUAAAAUGAAUUAUAUGAAUAAUGAUAAAAAUAAUCCUUUAGCAGUCAUGUAGAAUAUCAUACUUGUAAUGAUCAAAUUAGGGUUUAAAAAAAACUUUGAAUUCCAGCUUGUCCAUUGGGCUAGCAGCCCAGGGAGUGGCUUGCUUGUCUUAGUUGUUAGGAAGUUUUAGCAUUGAUGAUGGUGAUGGCAGUGAAAAUGUCUCUUUUAGAAUGAAUUAGCAUUUGUUCAAACUUUGUUGCGUUUAUUCCAAUUCGCUGGAAAUGUCUAAUGUAGGCUAAUUUCCCUGGAGAUGAUUUUUUGGGGACCGCACUCAAGGUUAAAAAGAGAAAGAAAAUUUCAUUGUUGCUUGUUUACAUCCUCCAUAAAACAUGAAAUUAGGCAUUUUCACAUCGUAGUCGUGCAGUAACGACAAAGACGUGCAAAAAAGCGUGAUACACGUGCAAACUUGUUGUUCUGCUUAAUGAACCUAAUGCUGUUUUGACGUUCUCUUUGCUGUUGCCAUCAUCAUUCCUAAAACUCCCCUUUGAUUAAGUUGAAAGAUGACUUGCCUGUACCCUUGCUCAUUUUGUAAGUGAGCUUUAAAAGUUACUUUCCCAGCAAGAAGAUCUACUUGUCCUAGACUAAUCGACAGGAUGUUUUUCAACGCCUGCAUAAUGAUGGUUACGAUAAAAAUUAUGUUAAUGGUGGGAGUGUUGGUGAUAGAUGUUCUUCAAACAGCUGUUGUUGAUAAUCCUUUAUGUCGUAAUGAUGACAUGAAUGAUAUUAUUGCUUUGAAUUACAUCGUUACCACAUUGGUCCAAUGUUUAAAAUUGACGGUGAAUUGUGCACUUUUCAAUUCCAGCUCUCUGUGACAUGCAUCCAAUGAGAGCCUUGUUUCUCAUUCCACGGAGUGAACCUCCUCGACUUAAGUCCAAGAAGGCCUGGUCCAAGAAAUUCCAUAACUUUGUCAACACAUGUCUGAUCAAAGAUUAUCAUAAAAGACCCACUGCUGACCAACUCUUACAGGUAGUUUUUUGUCUUCUUCUUAUUAUUUUUUUUUUAAUGUGGGUGUGUUUUGGGGGAAAUCCACAUCUUGAUUCAUGAACCAAAGUCAGUUUCCAAAAUUCUGAAACCAUAAAAUUAGUUAUCUCUUAGUUAGUAUAUAAUUGAAUAGAAGUAAUCAUUGAUUACGGAUCCAUGUCCAUCAUGUACAGAAAAAUUACUGAAACGAAAUUGAGUCGAAAGGAGUCCAGUUUCCUGGCUGAGGUGCCCCUGAUAAAAUUACUAGGGGCAGCUAAUUUGCAGUCACCCAUGAUAGCCCGGAAAUUUCUGCCUUAGUGUUACAGGAACACCAGAUUAGGAUGUGUUCUGACGAACGAGACAAACUAUUAUUACACGAUUAUUACUUGUAAUCAGAGUCUUAUGGAAGUGGUUUCAUAAAAAAGUAAUUUUUUUUUUCUCUUUCUUGAAAAUAGUGAUGGUUUGUGGGUCAUAAAGCACUUUUGCAAUUUUAUGAGAAAUAUUUUAGGGAGAAAAUCAUGGCUGCAUCAUUCAAGUUGAAAUGUUUAUUAUUUGUGGUUACUUUCUAGCAUGAGUUUAUACGGGAUGCAAGGUCACAUGAAAGAAAAAUAAGGAUAGAGUUAAAGGAUUUUAUUGACAGGAUGAAAAAGAAGAAAGGUUAGUCUUUUACUGAUGAGUGCAUUUUUUUGUAGCAGUACAUUAAACACCUUGACCUAAUCACACUUUGACCCUGGGGCUCCUGUGCCUUAAGUACAACACACAAAUUCUUCUGUGCAUUUUCCACUUUUAUAUUCUCCUUUUUCAUUUCAUUGCUGUAGUUAAAAUCUUCUUCAAACUAUAUCUUCUGUCAAAGAAAUAUGGCUGGUUACCGUACCUCUAGGUUCUGCAUUAUUAUUAGUGUUUCACAAAAUGAAAUUUAACUCUGUGGUAUUUUAGCUCCUUCACCUGAUCAUGAGGAAGAAUUUCGGUAUUCUGGCAGUGAGGAAGAAGAUGAACAGCUCUUAGCAGGAAUGAUCGCAGAGGAGAUGGGGUGAGAACUUGCUUCAUGCUUGUGUAAUUCAGAUCUUAAAGUAUGAUAAUUCUCGUUCCUCUUUUCCUCCUUGUGCAGAUAUGUCCCAGAAAUUCCUACUCCUGACAUAUUUCACUGAAUGUUUUCCUUCAUAUUUGCAGAAUUGUCAAUGUACAGUCAACCUUGAGAAGGAAUCUGACCUUAAUGCAAGGAGGCACAUUUGGAAGGGGUAAGUGUAACAGCAUAUGGGAAACAAGUGAAAAAAUAAUAGGAGUUUCUGUAAUGAAAAAGAAAAUAGAAUGGAAAAUUUUAAUUUGAAGGGGAAGUGAAGAAGAAUAGGAAGUGGAAAAGAGAAGAUGGAAUGGGAGGGGAGUUAGGGUGAGGGAAAUGGAAUGGGAAUAGGAGGGAGGCGAUAAUAGGGAGGGGAGUGUGAGGGCGGGGUAUACUGUAGUGAAAAGGUUAGGGGCAUAUGGACUAGGGUAGUAAAAGUUUUAGUCUGAGAUUUUUUUAAUCUGGAUUUCUUGAUCCUAUUGUAAUGGAAAGAAAAAAUCGUUUUUUGUUUUGUUUUUUCAGGUAAUUAUCCACCAAGAAAGAGUAGCAGUGGUAGUAGUCCUGUAAGUAUGCACAGACGCACAAUAAACUCUGGCCAUUUCCCAAAAGACAUGUGCAAGAUAUUUAACAUUUAGCAUAAUUUAAGUAUUUGCCAGAAAGAAAGGAAACAAAAUGAUGGAUCUUUCAGUCCCUCUCACAUACAAAGCCAUUGGUGAAUGUAUGGAGCCUAUUAGUAUGUCGCCAUCACCAUCAUAAACUUAUUUGAAUUUGAAUAACAGUUUUCUUUCAAGUGUUAUCAUAUUCUUUUCCAAGCCCUUGAAAACUUAUUUGUCCAGUUGUUAUCUUUCUUUAUGAAAACUGUUGUGCAUGACACUUGGAUCUAAUGCAUUAUGCUCUUGACAGGAAAUGAAUCAGAACCAUGCUCCUCCGCAUUAUGCAGGUGCUACCGGUGGAUAUGACAAUGAUGUCUUCCUUGAUACCAGUGUAGACAGCUUUGUAACACUUAACACAGAUGACACUUUAACAGCAUCAAAUCAUUCAAGACAUCAGUAAGUGUGGCUUGUUUCUAACCUUCCUUCAUUUGUUGUGCCCUGUUUACAGUGUCCACCUUCUCUUCCUCCUUCAGCCCUUUCUGACUCCGUCUCCUUUCCCUUUGCUUCCAUUCCCUUCUUCCCUUUCCCACCCCUCUCCCCUUUCCCUUUUCUGACCCUUUCCCCUCUUCCACCCUGCCCCUUUCCCACCCGCUCCUUUUCCCCUUCCCUUCUUCCCUUUCCCACCCCCUCUCCUUUCCCUUCUCUCGCUUUCUUCCCUUUCCAAAACCCUUUUUCCUCUCCGUUCCCUUCUUACCUUCCCUUCUCUGGCCCCUCUUCCCUCUUCUUUCUCUUCUUCCUUUCUGUUCUUUCUUUACUGCCCUUCCUUUCCCAUCCCCCAUCUUCCCACUCCCUUUUUCUUCUCUCCUUUCUACCCCCCCCUUCAUUUCCCUUCCACCCUUUCCCACUUAUAUUUUCCUUGUUUUCCCCUCAAAGCCCCUAUCCAAAGUUUUUAUGGCAUUCAUCAUUUUUCAUUAACUUCGACACAAAAUGCUGUCUUUUCUGCUGGAAGGCCACUGUUAUGAUAUCAGUCACUAUUUCAAUCUUUCAGUAGGGAAUUGGAAAAAAGUGACAGUCUUUUAUUAUUUUCUACAGUGCAUCAAAUUUUGGGCAUCAUCAUGUGCCAGAUGAUGGAGAGCUCACUUUAAGACCACAGCGAGAAGGUAAAUUUAUUCUCUUUGGUCUGCACCCAUUACACCCCUACCCCUCCCCCUUAUAGGCCCAUUUUACCCCCAUUUUCUUCUUGGGCAGUCAGAAAAUUAGAACCAAUUUUCUUUUCCCUAAGAGUUUUAGAAUUUGCAGGAUUUCUCCGUAUUGAGCAUCAAUUUAACUGGAAUUACUGCGUUCAACCAACCUCCAGAACCAUUAUUUUAUAGUUUGUGUGGUGAAUAUUUGUCAAGUGUUGGUAAUGUUUUGUCUAAUUUUCCUGAAGCUCAAGAUGAUGAUGCUGAAGGAUUUGAUACCAUGGUUGUUAAAGAAGAUGACAAUGAUUCAGAAGUAAGAUCUUUGUUCCUCAAUAGCUAUUCCUUGAAAGAGGGGUAAAGAUGAUCAGAAAAAUGUCAGACAUUUAACCUUCAGACAGAUUAGCAUGCAUCUUAGUUUCCAUUCUUGUUUUUAGCAAUGAUUUAUUAUCAGACGCAAAUUAAGGUUUUUAUCAGUGGACCCUCAUAGUGGCACUGAUAGAAAUCAGAGGCUAGCCUUCCAUCACCAACCACCUUUCAUUGGCUACGCUUAUCUAAAGUGCUAAUAUCAGUUGUCCCUGUCAAAAGCAUAAAGUUGUAAUCUAUGAUAAGAAGCAGCUCAAUCUUGGCAUUUUCACAGUUUGCUUAUUGUAUUCUAUUGCAAAUGUAAGAGCAAUUUCUGGUGAUUUUUUAGCAAGUAAUUAUUGGCAUUAAGUUCAGCUCAAUCUCAUAUGCAUACUGUUGUUGUAGCCUUAGGUUGUUGCUACUUAAAUAUGCCUAGUUUGUUUCCAGAAACACUGAAAAGGUUGACAGUAACAGUAUGGCCCUUGUGAAGUUCUUCAGUAGAAACGGUCCGUGUAUUAUUUUAAGGGGUAAUAAAAUGUCGUUCACUACUGAAAUUCUUUUCAAAUUGUAUCUCAUCAUCAGGGCAGUGCAUCCACUGCAAGUAUCGGAGAAGCAAGUAGCCCUGCCCGACCCCUAACAAACAAUCUGCCUGAUGUUCUUCCUACACAACAGCAGAAACUUAAGGUUAAUGAAAACUUUUAGUUAACUAAGUAUAUAAUGAUUUGGAGGUAGCACAUAUCCACAAAUGGCUCUUCGUCCACCAUUCCUUAUGGAAUUGGAAUUUAAAAAUGUUACUUUUUAUGAGAAGGGAAAAUCAGAGUACCCCACGAAAAACCUUUCAAAAAGAGAGAACCAACAACAAACUCAAACCACAUAUGGCAUUGACGCCGGGACUCAAACCUGGGCCACAUCAGUGGGAGGAGAGUGUCCUCACAACUGUGCCACCUUGCCAGUUGUAACAUGGUAUGUUCAGUUAAAACUUUUUAAAGUUUCCAUUCAAAGAUUAGACUCGGCUUCCUCUUCUGCGUCAGUAGUGAAGUCGUGCAACAGGACAGGAGACCAUCCUGUGACGUUUACUCUCCAGUUCUAGGCAUAAUAGCAUCACAAGUUUCACCUUGUUAAACCCCUUUUGUGAUUCUGGUAUUUCUAUGUUACACUGCAACAUGCUUGCUGAAAAUUUCCAGCCUUUGGGUUUGAAGCAUAUUUUAUAUUUUCUAGCAACAUUUGUACACAAGUUUCAGCAAGGAAUUUUAGUAAUAAGCAAUUCUUGAACUGCGGAUCAAUACUGCAUUCUUGAGUUAAAAUGGUUUAGAGAUAUGAAGAGUUAAUUUUUUAAAGACAAAAUUUUUUUCAAUAAUUUGAAUUAUUGUCUUACUAAUUUUGUUACUUGUUGUAUUAUGUCUUUUAUCUUGAAUUUCAGAAAGCUGAACUUGAGCGGAAGGCAUCAGAUGACUCCAUUGCUUCAUCAACUGCAGGUCAAGAUUCCAAGAGGGACAGAAAAUUCUCUAAACAACGAAGCUUUGGCUUUGGUCGGCCAUCACAAGCACCUUCAGAGGUGUCAGUCAAUUUAGCUCCAGACAGAGCAUCAAAUGCUAGUCUUGAUGAUAUGGGGGUAUGUAUAUGUGAUGAUAUGGGGGUACGUACAUGUGAUGAUAUACGGGUACAUACAUGAGAUGAUAUUGGGAUACAUACAUGAGAUCAUAUGGGGAUACAUACAUGAGAUCAUAUGGGGAUACAUAUGUGAGAUGAUAUGGGGAUACAUACAUGUGAUGAUAUGGGGGCAUGUACAUGUGAUGACAUGGGGGCAUGUACACUGUACAUGUGAUGAUAUGGGGGCAUGUACAUGUGAUGACAUGGGGGCAUGUACACUGUACAUGUGAUGAUAUGGGGGCAUGUACAUGUGAUGACAUGGGGGCACGUACACUGUACAUGUGAUGACAUGGGGGCAUGUACAUGUGAUUAUAUGGGGGUACAUGUAUGUACAUGUGAUGAUAUGGGGGUAUGCACAUGUAAAGCAGUACAUUUAAAGUUUAAAGGUGUGGAGACACAAUAAAAUUGACUGUACUUUACUAAAAAACAAAUUGCUGCUUGUUACUUUUAUUUUAGAUGCCCCAGAUAAGGAAAUACAAGUACAAAUUCCGUACAGAAAUCCUAUGUGGAGCUCUUUGGGGUGAGGUUGUUAUUGUGAUAAGUUCUCAUAUUUCUUGUGAAUAGCAACUUACUCUGAUCUGCAAGAUCCCUCAUUUGGUCAUUGUCUCGCCAAGAAUGGAAACAAUGGCAGAAACUAUUAAGCCAUGGGCUCAGUUUUCAUAAUGUCAGGCUUUGCAACAAGACACAAGGUCUUCAGUUAAAUGUAUUUGUGAGAAAAAAACACUGCUGUUUAUUUUUAAGGUCUUCUAGUUAAAUGUAUCUGUGAUAAAAAAAAAUACUGUCAUUUAUUUUAACACUGGUAAUCUCUCAUUUAGGUGUCAAUCUCAUCGUUGGUACAGAAACUGGUCUAUAUUUAUUGGACCGAAGUGGAUAUGGAAAAGGUGCAAAAUCUUAUUCAUGUUUUUUUUCUCUUCCGCCUCUAACAUAAUGAGGAACCGUACCUUAUGUCCACAUUUCUCUAACGGAGCAUGAAAGAUACCUUGCAUUGAAUUGGUUACUUUUUUAAAAAAACCUCCUUCAAAGCACUAUCUGGUCAAUACGACCAGAUCUUCAUGGCUCUUGCUUUUUCACACAUUAACGAGUUCCAAUCAGUGUAUGAUGUGGCUCUUGAUCUUAUUAUUUCCGAAUGGUCAUUUCUCAAAGUAAAUUACUGAAUUUCAAAUUCCUUUUUUUUGUUCAGUAUCUCACCUAAGGAGAUUUUUUUACCUACCACUUUCAGCCCAUGGCCUUUUCUGUCAAGUUUUACAAACGAACUAUCUUUUCAAAGCUGAUCAGAAAUUACAUAUUAAAAAUGAUGUCUUUUUUAAUUCCUUUGUUAAAUUUUCCUAUGGGUACCCGUGUUGUGUUACCUUUUUUUUUUUGCUCUUUACUCUCUACAGUUGGGUUUAAAUAUGAAAUAAUUUCAUUCCCUUUUUUGCCCCUCAGUUUUUCAACUUAUCUCAAGACGCAGAUUUCAACAGAUAGACGUUCUGGAAGGAAUAAACGUGCUUAUUUCCAUAAGUGGUAAGGAUGUGAUUUCGCUCUGUUAGUAGAAUUUCUGGUCAUGAUGUUCUUAAGUAUGUUUAAAUAAUAAUUAUUCAAUUUUUCUUUUUUUUUUUUCUCCCAGGCAAACAAAACAAACUUCGUGUUUAUUAUCUAUCAUGGCUCAAAGCAAAAAUUCUCAAAGGAGAAGAGGUAUUUAACACAGCUGUAUUAACUGAUGUUCAGACUCUAUUCAGAGUUGAAAGCAAUAUUUUACUUGCAGUAAAAACUUUCCGUUACACAAACAUGGUAAAGGAAAAGUAAUUUUGUUCACAAACGAGACUUGUCGGCGGAAUGAGGAAGUGUGAUGUUAAAAUGGCUAAGGGUUAUUAAGUCAAGCAUCACCCUUUUUCACAGAAAAAUGGCUCAAAAAUCACACUAUAAAUAAUGUAUUGAGUCAUGUAGCUUUUGUAAGGAACUACAACUUUCCUUCUUACGCCAUUCAUUGUGAUGUUGAGCGCGUCCCGGGUUUUCCCUUUGAUGACAGAACACUUUGAUCAAAGAAAGUUUAUUUGAAUACAUAUUUUUUUUCCAUGAAGGCUGAAAACCAUAGAAGACAACGAGGCUACACUACAGUAGGCGAUCUUGAAGGAUGUGUCCAUUAUAAAGUUGGUAAGUCAGGUGCCAAGCUACAACUUAACCCUAAGGCUGUUGGCAAUUGCGAAGUUCAAAGGGGGUUACAUUCUGUGUUAGGAGAAAAAAUGGUAGUAUUUUGUUGUCGGCAAGCGAUGUGGACAUUGACUUCUACAGGUUCUUUUAGUUUUUUGUGCCCACGUAUGGCCAUACAGGAUUCUGGAUACGAACGUAACAGCCGCAUGUAAGGCAAAUGUUGACUGAACCUGAGUUGGCUUUGCGGAGCUUAUGUUUUCUUGUAAUUUGUAACCCGAGUAUUGGGCGUUUCUUGGGGAAAAGGCAAAGAGAAAAGCAAAAGGGGAAUCCUCCUCAAAAGAAGCUCAAGCUUCAAUCUGCGUCAAAAGUUGGUGAAACGGUUCCUUUAAACACGUAUUUUGAGAGACAUCCUUUCACACUUCAUGAAGCAAAAUUAUGAAAAUUCAAUGAUUUUGGUUGCCCCUCCCCACCCUCCGUAGGCAGCUUUAUACCCCUGAUCAGGAGGUCCUGUGGCUGCCAACACUAUCAAAGCUAUGAAAGCAGUCAGAGCAAUUUUGCUUCUGGUUGCUUAUAUGUGACCGCUCCGAAAAACAUCAAGAAGUGACUAAAAUAUUUGAUUUUCUUUGUUUUUGUUGUCUUUCAGUGAAUUUCCAUCGCAUUAAAUUUCUUGCUAUUGCGACAGAAGACAAGAUUGAAGUUUACGCGUGGGCGCCAAAACCCUAUCACAAGUUUAUGGCUUUUAAGGUAAGUACACGCGCUGUCUUUCAGCCUUUUUUAUGAAGAUUUAAUUAAAGUUUUCCUCAUCAAACGUCUUCAGCUUCGAAGGUUAAGCAGCCUGUGCUUUUUGUUUAGCUGUGGUCCAAAUUUCAGUUCGGUCUAGAAUGUUCGACGAAGAAGCACGCUGUGAAACUGCUGCCAAUAAAUCGUUCUUUUUUUAUUUCGAUCGAUCCCUUCUUUUUGCGUGGGCUGUGUGGUAAUUUUUGCGGGUUCCCUCGGGAGUCUCGAUUCGCGCAUUUCUCGCGUCCGCUCGUUUAAGACGAAAUUCGCGCGCGCGUCUUUCGAGAGAGACUAUAGCGUCUGUUCACCGUAUUUUAAACUCCAAGGAAGCCGCUAACCGUCUUCUAUUUUUCGCAGUCCUUUCCUUAUCUGGUUCAUCGACCUCUGAUGUUGAAUGUGACAAUAGAGGCUGAAAAUAGCAGACUAAAAGUCUGUUAUUCUUCAGAAAUAGGUAAGAAAAGUUAUGUGUUGGUUCAGGUUUAUUUUGUGAUAGUGCCUCUUGGCAUCGAGAGCGAAAUGUAACGAGAUUCCUGCGAUUUUUUUUGUAGGUUUUCAUGCAGUAGAUUUGGAUUCGGCCUCAGUCAACGAUUUAUUUAUACCAAGUCAGGUGAGAGAGUUAAGUUUAUCUUUUGUGCUUCCUAGAGCACCAGAAAGGGAAAAUAUGUGCAGUCAUUUUCUGUAUUAAUGAAAGAAGUGUUGUCAUUGAAAAGCUCUGCAUGGUGGAGAUGGUUUCAUAAGAUUUAAAUGAUCACGCUUUAUGAUUUCUUCCACGAAGUCAAAAGUAAGAACCUGCCUUGUAAACAGUACCACAGGCAAGUACUGCUCAGUAGGUUUCAUUAGAAUGGUCACACUAUAGGAUUUCAUCCUCAGAAUCACUGUUAUAUUGUUUUCGUUGGUUUUAAAUUUUGGCAUAAUUUAUUUUUGUUACUUCCCUAAUUGUGUCUCAAUUUUACAGCUUCAAGAGAAGUUCCAGGCUCACGCAAUUAUUCCUUUGCCAAGUAAGUGUUUUGCUCACUUCUAACUUGGCUAUCUUCACUUUACGAAAAUAGUACUGAAUAAUAACAACAUGGGAAAGUACUGCUCGCUAGUUUUCAUUAAGUUGAAUGAUCAAAUGUUAUAUUUUCAUAUACAGGACUUAAUUGUAAAACAGCACUACAGGAAAUUACUGUCUUUAUCUUAAGAUUUCUAAAAUUUAUGCUGUGAGGAAUAUUCCGAAGUUCAUUGCUCUGUGUUAAGUUACUAUUGAAUUUCAUGUCAACAAUAAGCACUAGAUAAAAAAUGAGCUGGAGAGCUGUAAAAGCCAUACAGAUCAGAAGGGAAUAUUUAUCAUGCCAGGAAACGAUCAGAAGAUAUCUGUAUCAAAAAAUGAUGAAUGUUGAUAAGCUAAGUAUCUUAAUUCAUCAACCCAGUAGGCCACCUCAGAGUUCCAAAAACCCUCACUUUCAAACUGAGGCCAAGUGCACCUUUCUUGUGAUAACGAGUUUUAUUUGCAUGAGAGUGGAAAAUCAUUUCCAUAUCAAAGGCUGAGCACUUCACCUCGUUUUGAUACAGAGGCCCGGGGGAACUCGCAAAUGUCCCGUUAAUUUGUAUUUGGCUUUACAGAGGUAUACAUGUGACUUAAAUAAUACUUUCUGAUUGAUCAUAGAGAUAAUCAAUGAAUUGUACAAGAUUGCGUUACUUUAUUUUAGGUUCGAGUGGUUUGGAACUUCUCCUUUGCUUCAAUAGUAAGUCUAACUCUCUCUCUGUCAUAUUGUUUGCUUGUUUUUAUUCUAAUUCGUUCCCUGUGCAACGCACCUGGCGAGUAGGGGUGUUGACGAAAUCUUAAGCUGUUUCUAUUAAUUCCAACCCAAUCAUCCCUUAAAGUGAACUAUACUCCAAACAUUACCUCUAUCACAAGAAUUAGUGAAGUUUGUCACCUAUUAACAGCCUUUGGGAAGCCCGCAAAUUGACCGCACGCGAUGAAAACGUUCGAAAUACUUUCUGUUAAAGGCUGAGGGCUGUAAAGGUUGUUUUAGGUAACAGGUCUUUCACAAACGCGUGAAAUAAUCGUUUUUUGCGACGAAAUUGCUACACUUUCGGUGAGUGACUGUAUUUUGACGCGUGUGUGCUGAGAAUCUAAGGUAACGAUAGAGUUGUUAGUAAGUAAUAAUUCAUCAAACUUUAAAAGUAGGUAGACUUUGUCAGAGUUCAUCACCCGUAUAAUCAGUUUUAAUUAACCUUUGCCGGUUUCUUGCACAGACGAAGGAGUAUACGUGAAUACUAAUGGCGAACUUGUGAGACAUGCAGUGUUGCAGUGGGGAGAAACUCCUUAUGCCAUUGGUAAGUUUAUCCAUUCGCUAAUAAGACAAUAGAAGACACAUGAAAAAAUGCAUACAGCCGGAACAGGCAGAAAAAAAAUACUUUCAAGCUUAGAAAAAAAACGUCAUGUACCCAUGGCGAACCAAAAUAAUUUACAUGCAAAGCAUAAGCCCUCCCAGCACCCCCACCCCCUCACUUUCUUAAUGGUCCAUCCCUUAGGCAUUGUUGAAAAAACGUACAAUAGGCUUGAACCAAUCAGAUAACGCGUCACCAUUGCCCACUACAGAAACUAUAUGGGGAAUGGGUACAAGCUUUGGUUCAACGAUUUCUGGGCAAGGAUUGGUUACGAUUGGUCAUGGUUAUCAAGGCAACCAAUAACCAAUCAUGGCUAACGCUUGUCCAUCCAAACGAUCCCACAAACCGUUUCGCCGGAAGCUUGUACCCAUUCCCCUCACAGUUUCUGGAGUAGGGAAUUGUGCGUGAUGAAUAUUUUCGCUUGGCACCCUUGUUACUUUUUCCCGCGCUUGGCACCAGGGGCUCGUUUCUCGAAAGUCCCGAUAAUUAACGGGCUCGUAAAGCUGUUAUGGUUUACAUACAAGAUAGAGGUUUCAAUAGUUUUGUAUCUAACAUGAUAAAACUAUCAGUUAAUGAAACAAAAUGGAGUAGUUUGCUAGCCAGGAUCCUCGCUCUUAUUCUUUACAUUUCGAUGUGAAUAUUUGAUUUCGGGCCCGAAAAGUAACCAGACUUUCGAGAAACGGGCCCCAGGUACACAUUUUCCCGCCUUUCAGAUCCGUUUGCACAAAUCUCCCGCGUAGAUUACCGGUUGCACUUUUUUUGUUUGAUUUCUGAUUGGCUUGUUUGCUGUAAUCAGUGAAUCGGUCAGAUAGGAGUUCUUUGAUUAUAAAAAAGCAAGUUCUUUUAGUAAUUGCUUUCAUUGGAAAUUGCCAUUUUAGCUCACAUAGGAUCAGGCCAAAUUAUGGGCUGGGGAGAAAAAGCCAUUGAGGUGCGGUCUGUGGAGAAUGGUCUUCUGGAUGGCGUGUUCAUGCAUAAGAGAGCGCAGACAUUUAGAUUCCUCUGUGAAAGAAAUGAAAAGGUGUGUAGACAUUUAUUUUAGGGGGAAUAAGUUUUUGAUACCAGGAAACUUUUGGUACGAAUUAAAAAGUUGCAAGAACAAUAGAGAAGUGCGGCGUCACAAAAAUUAAAAUUUGUGAAAUUAUGGGCUUGGUUCGCAUAUUCAGAAAGAGCAAGAAGAAAAAUACCCGCUUGCUUAAAAUCAGCCCGUUAGUACAAAUUGGUGGGGAAGUAUAAGCACCGUUAUGCUCUGACCCAUACAUUAAUCCUUGUAAUAUUGGCUUGGACUCGUGACGCUUUCGAUCCAGGCCAAGUGUUCAGGAGGAUUUAUAUGGAGUGAUCAGAACAUAACGGUGCUUAUAUCCCUCCUCCACUUUGCAUUAACAGGCUGAUUUUUAGCAAGUGAACAUUUUUCAUGUUCUUAUUUCUGAAUAUGCUAACCUUCCCAUAAUUUCACACAUUUUUGUGACGUCAUCACUUUUCUUCUCUAUUGCUGGGUGUCUCUUAGCGUCUAUUAAACACUGCGUUCAAGCUUGUUGGUGAUGAGCCUUGUGAUAGCUUUUAGCGUGACCUGACUCCUGGUGGAUAUGCCAUUCGUGCAAAAUGUACUGCAAUAAUCUAAAAUUGUAUGCCACUAGGGAAUCCCGAAUAAAACUGAAAAAUACUGGAGUCUGUUCAGUAGGUUAUAGUCACCUAUUCUCUCCAUAAGGUCUAAAGCGUAAAGAGGUGUUCGGCGUUUGGAGCGAAAUAGAUUAUAACUAAGAUUUUCGCACAUCUCAUUAGUCUUUGCUUUUUUGUAGGUUUUCUUUGCAUCUCGAUCGAGUUCAAGUGGCCAGAUAUACUUUAUGACGCUAAGUAAAACGUUCAAGAACUUUGGAUACUGAUUACAACCCGCUGUUGUUCAGUAGGCAACAGGAGACAGAUAAAGAUAAAAAGACUCGAUUGCAAACAAAGAUAUUUCAAUCGAGUUAGAGGAUGCUGUUAGUAAUUGUAUUGCUAUGAGAAUAAUGUCUUAUUUCCUGGACCUUAGUUUCAUCUCUUGUUUUCCCUCAAGCGCAAUGUUCGCUUCAAGUGUUGUACAUGAUUUGCUAAGGAUUUGGCUACUUGAUUGGACCUGCAAGUAGUUAUACAGUGCUUUUGCCUCAAGCUAUUAACCCAGGUGUUUUGCCCUAGAGAAAUUACCCGCGGGGCGUAAUACAAUGUUUAAUAUUGACGUCGGGCCUUUGGUCAUAGUCAGCGCACAUAAGAAAAUCAAUACCCUGAGAGCGGUGUUUUCUUUCUGGUAUGGCUUUUAGCAUUUACGGAUUUGUUCGGGUCGGUUAGUCGCGUAGUUGGUUUGUUUACGCCCCGAAAAAAACCUCUGCAGCGAGUCGCUUGUAGUUUUCGUUGAGCAUGCUCUUUAAAUCCCCUUGCAAACGGACGCAACAUUGAUGGCCAACAACUCCAAACAUUGUUGGAUGUUACGUGUCGCGUCGGUUUGCACACCCUGUUGCAUGUUGUUGUGAGUUGUUGCGCAAAGUUUGAACCGGUCAUACGUUUAGUCAGGAGCGUUGGGAGUUGUUGCGUCCGUUUGCACGUAACUUAACGACUUCGUAAAUGCUUAAAACCAUGCCAGAAAGAAUUCUGUGCUCGCAGGGUAGAAAAUCGAGCGUCGUAGAGAAAGUAGACGAGGGGUGGUUCAUUUGAUUCUCUUAUCCAAAGGGUGUGCUGCCAAUAAAUUAUAUGAACAAUGAUUGAAGAGCAAGACACGCUAUGAUGAUAGGUGAUCAUGUUGUUUAUUCUCAUAAGCUUUUAUUUGGAUAGGCAGCUAUACUUCAAUGAGAAGCUAGAUGCUGGUCAUAAUUAAAUUCUUAGUUACGUUAUAGUAACAGCGUAAUAGCGUUAACCUUAUAAUUACUCUGUAAAAAAAUGUGUUUUAAGAACUAGGGACAGUUCCUUGUAAAUGACGGCGGGGACGUUUUCGCUCUGGGCAUUUGCAGCAAACGCUGGAAAUUAGAGUUAUUUAAUAUUUUCUUCAUAUGUUUGUAAAUAACAUCAUUAUGUCAGGUUUUGCUUGGAGACGUGCUAGAGCGAUUUUCGUAUCACCUUGAAAAAUGGUUCGUGUUUGUUAUUUUUAUCAGCCAAUGCAUGCAAAGAUCAAAACAGGGACUCCUCGUUUUCCCGCCAAAUAAAACCCUAAUAUAGAGACGGCAUUGUUCGAUUGGCCAAUCGUGUUGCAGUAUGACACCAAAGCGAAGUAUCGAUUGAUUUCUAGAAAGUUCUCUGGCAUGAAGUUUUUUCACCCGAGCGUUCGCUUAACCAACCAAUCCGUUCGAUAAACCAAUCAAAUCGCUCUAUUUCCGUUCGUUUGUUGUUUGUUUUGUUCGCGCGUUUUCCUUUCGAGGUCAUACGAAAAUCGCUCUAAGUAUCCUUGAUUUCUUCACAAUUCUGAUCCUUGUUUGAACUUGAACAAACAAUAUUUCACAAAUAUUCAACAAUUUUCCACUGUCUAUAAUCUUAUGCGGUGACGUCAAAACUCAAGUCACUGCAAAGUUUUGAACAUUUUGACAUAAGUCAUUGGGCCUAAAUCGCCAAACGACGGAAAAUGGUUGUCUCCUUUGUUUUAUUUAGCAGUAAAUGUUUUUAACGUCCUUUUUCGGCAAAGCUUAAUUUCUUGAAAAAUCGGGCGCCAGAGACAGAGAAAAGACUACAGCUCUCGUCCGAUUUGCGCACAAGAAAUCAGUCGGUUAUUGUUGUUUAAGAGUAAGAGCUUCAGACUAUGGAUAGCGUUUGUAUUAAUACUCAUGACCUAACUUGUACGUUUUUUAUUAAAGAUGCUUGGGCUUUUGAUGAUAGUGAGCAAUGGAUAAUAUAGAAAGGUUUUGAUUUCCGAUCCUAAUAUUUUAUAA